GUCUGUGAGGAAGAGACUGCGUCUGUGUCUUAACGGAUUUGUUCAAACAGAGAGUGGCACGCCUGUUUGUCUGUGCAAGAAAAACAAGUGUUUGGUGAUUCUGUCUGCAUUUCAGUCUGACAUCAGCAAACAGUGAGUGUGCAUACACGUGAACAAGGCUGCGUGUUUCUCAGCUGUCACUUCUGCUGCGUUGAGUCAAGAUGGAAACACAGCAGCUCAAACGUGCUGCAGCUUCUUGUACAGCAUCGUUUCAGACGGCCACAGUCAGCUGCUGAAAGGAGCAUCGUUGGUAUUGUUGCAUCCCUCGUCUCCUCCUUCUUUUCUCCUUUCCCCUCCCUUCUCCCGUCUAUCAAUCCUCUUCUCGACACACGCACCCCGAUUUCCGCAUCGCCUCCUCCGGUAUAAUGACCAACGAUAGCCCGGAGGAGGAGACCCGAGCUCCGGGCGGCGGAGGAGGUGGUUGUGGAAGAGCAAUCGGUAGAAAACACCGAGCGGAUGACAAUGUGACGAUCCUAACAUCAUCCAUGGAUUUACACAGAGCCAGCCGGAGCCGAGCCAGCAGCAGCAGCAACGAUGCCGCCCCGAGCAUCACGUCCUCCGUGGAUCUGAGCACCUCCUCCCUGGAGCUGAGCAUCCAGACGCGGAUCUUUAAGAUCAUCGUCAUCGGGGACUCCAACGUGGGGAAGACCUGCCUCACCUUCCGCUUCACGGGGGGCAGCUUCCCCGAUAAGACCGAGGCCACCAUCGGCGUGGAUUUCAGGGAGAAGGUGGUGGAGAUCGAAGGGGAGACUAUCAAGGUGCAGGUAUGGGACACAGCAGGCCAGGAGCGCUUUCGUAAAUCCAUGGUGGAGCACUACUACCGCAAUGUGAGUGCAAUGGUCAUCGGGUGUCGGCAUCAGUACCUCGAGUCCUGGUGGGGAACAAGUGCGACCUUGUGGACCAAAUACAGGUGCCCUCCAACAUGGCGCUGAAGUUCGCCGACGCCCACAACAUGCUGCUAUUCGAGACGUCGGCAAAGGACCCGAGAGAAAGUCAGAACGUCAACUCGAUCUUUAUGUCCUUGGCCUGCCGUCUGAAGGCUCAGAAGUCUCUGCUCUACAGAGACGUGGAGAGAGAGGAUGGGCGAGUGCGACUCACACAAGAGACUGAGACAAAGAGUACUUGUCCUUGUUGAGGAAAAGGAGGAGCGGGAGGAAUAAUGGAAGGGAGGAGAGAAGAGUUUCUCUACAUUUGAAGAAGGAAGAGGAAAAGGGAUGAUAGGGCGAAAGACAAGAGUCGUUUAAAUUUGUAGUUUAGGAGAAGGAUGGGGGUGUUAAAGCUGACACUACGAGGUGGACGGUAGAGGGGCUUAAAGCUUGUGCAAAGGACUGAAAAAUCACCAACAUCCUGGGAGUGAUGCAUCUGUUAACAAUUCAGAAAUAAGAUGAAGCUGCCUUUUCAACUACAGUAUAGUUUAGAAAUUCUUCCACUUAUUUGCACAUAUAUACACAAUCUGAGUAAUCUGAAACCAGCCCUAGCUCGGUGUUUUCCAAGGUCAUUAUUAACCGCAGCAGCUUAUUUUACUGGCCGUUUUUUGCUGUCAGAGCUUCAUAUUUGUCACAUUUCACCCUUGUUGUGAUUGCACCAUUUCUACCGCCUUAAAAGCUAAACAGCUGGCUCUAAAUUAGUUUUAAUGACCCGAGGAAAAAACAGCAAAGAUGUUUCAAGGAUUUGAAAAAGCAUUCAACAGAUUCUUCUUUUGUUGAGAAAUAUUAGACUUUUAUCGUCUCCCCCCUCCUUACAUUUAUGUUGCCUGAUAUCAAAAGCCCUCAAAUGAAGGACUUAAAAUCAUUGUGAGAUUUAAAUGAAUGGAGAAGAUGACAGAUUGCAGGAUCUACAGAGGAAGACCUUGACGAGAAGGUUUCCUGCAAAUGGGCCAUUUAUAGGUUGCCAGAGAGCAUGUCAGCUGUUGAUUUAGAAGCUGUGAGAUCCUUUUACCCUUAUGCAGGUGAAAGGCACUCUCCUACAAAGGGGAGGCAAGGCUCUUGUUUCUCAUCCACUCCUCAUGUAAAUGUAUCUUCUCCAUGUUGUCCCAGUGGCCUAAGCCAGCUUUGCCACUGGAUGUAAAUUCAAAAACAUCAAGUCUUUAAAAUAGCUGCCCGGCUCUCUCCUGUUAUGCAGCAUCAAUGCUCUAAUAGGUAUUUCUCAAGCUAGAGGCCUUCUAGCUGCCUUAGAUGAAGCUUCACUGCCUCCAGUCUCUGAAAAUGCAGGAGAGAAAACUGUGAACCCUGUGUAGGUGAUGGAGAGGCCUUUGUGCUGCUGAACCCUUAAGCCUGGAUUAUUCGAGUCACUGGUGAAACUGGCAGUAUGAGACACUGUAGAAAGCCAUAUUUAAUAUUUCCUGCACACAGAGAGGCAGCUUGCUUUGCACUGAGGAAGCUCCCAUGUAGGCUGUGGGUGAAGGAACACACUGUACAUAAAUCAGUGUUUAAGCAAUGAAGCCUCUGUGUCACAAGAAACCAUCCAACAUCCCAACUGUGAUGUAUGUCAGUUUGAUAUAGUAGCACACUUAGCAUAUUUUACCACUGUAGCCUACUCUUGUGUGAUUCUAUUAAUGUAUCUGGAUGCCAUAUGUAGAAAAAUCAGAUCAGCGAGCAUUUAAGAGCGGCGUUCCCUCCAAGCUGACAGUCUGAUGUCCUGAUUAAAUUAUUCACAGACUGAAUCUGAACACUGUGCAAAUCCAGAGAGCUUCUGCCUGAGGUGUGCCAUGUUUUGGUGAUCUUUCAUACAGAUUUUACGAACGGUGCAAAAGUCUUCAGCCACAAAUAGUUAUAAAAUAGUCCUAGUCAUUUCAUAGCAAUAAAAUAAAGUGCUAUUUCAGCAUGGUGUGCAGUCUGCCCUUAAAAAAUAUGAGGCAAAUGGAUGAAUAGAGGACAGGAGAAGUGGCAGGCCUUAAAAGCUCUACAGCAGAUAUCUGAAAGUCAUUUGCUUAAGAAAUAGGCAAAAUCGAUUUUCAGUUGAUCCACCGACUGUUUGCCAAAGCCUCAUCAGAAAUGGUUUCAGUGGAAAGGCAGCUGUCAAGAAGCUUCCUAAAGAAAGGAAACAGGGACUAAAAUGUGCCAAAUUACACAAAAGCUGUAAUAAAAAUCAGUAGAGACAGGUCUUAUUGACCAAUGAAUCCAAAUGUAACAUUUCUGGUGUAACUCACUGUCAGCAGGCACAGCAGAGACCAGGAGAAAUGGGCCCACCGUGCAAGACCAUCUGGAAAACGCUGCUUGGCAACUGACCUUUUCAUGUUUGAGCAUGACAAUGAUCCAAACACACUGUCAAUGCCAUAAAAUUAGAAAUGAUUAGAAAAACACACAGUCGUGGAUUGGCCUCCCCAGAGCCCAGACUUCAACAUUCCUGAAGCACUGUGGGAUCAUCUUAGUUAAUGUAUUUCCAUGUAUGUGUGCACCUUUCAAGAAAUUGCUACACCCAUAUUCCUACCAAAAUAUAAAAAAAUGAGGGCCGGCUCGAGACUUUUGCACAGUUCUAACAGCAGGAUCGAACAGCUGUCACAAGUGAAUCAAAUGACAUUACUGUAAAACAUCAGGAAGAGCUCUGUUCAUUCUCCUUAUAUGGGCUAAUCUGUGACUUCUUUUGUUUGUUUGUUUAUUUGUUUUUAAUCUCCAUAAAUGGCAUCCACAGGUGCGCCUCAGCCACAGCUGGGGAAACCACUACGUUCAGGAUUGAUGGAGCGGUAUCCCAGGACAUAAAAUGUAAAAGGAAUUGUUCACCCUUUAAAUUUUAAUACAUUAACAUCGACAGCUUUGUCCAUCAGUGGGUUAUUGUAAGAAUGCUAAUUUAGUCAGUGUCAUACAAUUGGAUUGACUGAACUAGACUAAUGAGCAGAAAAACACAUUGUGGAAAAAAGAAAAAUGUGUCUGCAUUUCUGUUAGCAGAUUUACUAACAUGGUUUCAAAUGAAUAGAAAAGAAAAUGAAGCUAUAGUUAGGUUGUUUUCACUGUCAUCAACCAAACAUAUAUAUCACUGUUAAUGAAAUUAUUCAGCAGUUUAUGUCAUUUACUAGAAAAUGUAACAUCGCUUAACAAACGUUCAGAUUUAACCAUUUAAAACUGCAAAAUGUGCAUUUUUCCAGGUCGAAGAGUUGCAAAUAUAUGCUUGCGUUCCCUUUUCUCUAUAUCUCCAGUGUGUUUUCUAAUAUAUUUGUACUUUUUUGCAGUUGAUUUGUGUCAUUUUUAAUAACCCAUGUUUGCUCUUGAAGGGUUGCCUUUGCAUUUUGAUAUUUAGUCUGGUAUUAUUGUUUAUCUGCAAAACGUCUGUAUGUGGAAAAUAAUAAAUAUCGAAUUCACUUUGAAGCAUAUAUCAUUCAUAUAUAUCCAUAAGAACACACAAACAUCGAUGGACAGCUUGAACAAGCCAAAAUUAAACAAGUUCGUUUAUCAUCACAGUUCAUUAUUUGAUUUACUGUU